CAGUCGUUCUAGACAAACGCAAGCGCGCAGUCGACGUCAAAUACGUAGAGCGAGAGAGCGAGCGAUAGAGAGUAGCGUAUACUUAAUUAUCAACGUAAUCGCGUUUGUCUUAUUUUACGCUUAGUUUGUCAAGUUUGUUUUGAUCGUGACGCUCGGUCAAGCGGCCACACAGUGGGAGUGGAAGUGUUAUAAACAUUUCUUUAUUUUGUCUGUUUUUUUUUUACUGUGCCGAAUUCAUUUAUAUUGUGUAUGGCGAUUAUAACGUGAGCCGCGCGUGAGUGUUGCAACCUUUUUGAAGUUUUGUUGUCAUUUUUUUUUUUUGGUUUGGUUUUACCUGGCACAGCAGCAAACUGAAAGUUCAGCAGCGACAUCCCAAGUGUAUUAGUCAUGAUUGUUAGUGGCGGCAUUUGAAUCAUCAGCCAAGUGAUCCCCUUACACUUAAACUUUAACACAACAACAAGCAGAGCAGCAGCAGCAGCAGCAGCAGCAGCUGAGUUGAGCGCCAACUGUUUACAUUGCUCAGCGGCCUCAAGCCGGAUUACUCAUACAACAAAACGCGUUUACAAACAAUACAGCACCUGACCCAGCUACCUGGCAAAUAACUUGGCCUAAAGCCAACGCCUUCAGUGUUGAUUUCGACUUCAACUUUGACUUGGCCACAAUCAGCUGCAUCAGUGUUUUGUUUUUUAGUUUCAAUUGCUUUAAUAACAAAUCAAAAACAAGUCGUUCUUUGAUAACAAAUCGAAUCGAUCACCGUGAGUGUCAUGCAGCCUAAGCCUGAGUGCAACAACAAGAGCAACAACAACAUUUUCUAACUAUCGCAUGUGCCGCAGUUAUAAACCAGCAUGAAUGAUAACACGACACCCUUCUACUACGGCAGCGAUGUGACGAUGCUGACCCUGGCACCAACAGAUGCUGGCGCUGUCGAUGAGAGCGGCUUCUCGCAGUCGCUGCUGAACUUUGCGGCCAUCAUGACGUUUCUGAUCAUGUUCGUGGGCAUCUGUGGCAACUUCCUCACCGUUGUGGCGCUGCUCAAGUGUCCCAAAGUGCGCAACGUGGCAGCUGCGUUCAUAAUCAAUCUCUGCCUGGCCGAUUUGCUCUUCUGUGCGCUGGUGCUGCCGUUCCAGGGACUGCGCUUCGUCCAGGGCACUUGGCGGCAUGGCGCGGUGCUCUGCCGGCUCAUACCCUUCAUACAGUAUGGCAACAUUGGCGUCUCGCUGCUCUGCAUCGCCAUGAUAACGAUCAAUCGCUAUGUGAUGAUUACGCAUCACGGACUCUAUGCGAGGAUCUACAAGCGCCACUGGAUUGCGAUUAUGAUUGCCGCCUGCUGGCUGGUCUCCUAUGGCAUGCAGCUGCCCACGCUGCUGGGCGCCUGGGGACGCUUUGGCUACGACUCGCGCCUGCAGACCUGCUCCAUUAUGAGCGACUCGCAUGGCCACAGCAGCAAGACGACGCUGUUUAUAACGGCGUUCGUCAUACCCUGUCUGGUGAUCAUUGCCUGCUAUGCCAAGAUUUUCUGGGUGGUGCACAAGUCGGAGCAGCGCCUGAAGCGGCAUGCCAACAAGCAGAACUCCAUACCCAACAAUUUGCGUCCGGUGGUCACGGCCGGUUCGCUGCCCACCGGCGCCGAUGGUCAAACGCAAGCGGCGCCGACGGCAACUGCCAGUCGCGUCUCCUCCGAUAGCAGCAGCUACUCCACGGAUGUGCCCGAGGCUGUGGGCGCCAAGCCGCUGCCCAGUCGCAUCAAGGAUCAGCGAGAGGUGCGCGCCAAGCGCAACGAGUGGCGCAUUACCAAAAUGGUUCUGGCCAUAUUUCUAUCGUUCGUCAUCUGCUAUCUGCCCAUCACCAUAGUCAAGGUGGCGGACAAGCAUGUGGAGCAUCCCAGCCUGCACAUCUUCAGCUACAUCAUGCUCUACCUAUCCGCCUGCAUUAAUCCCAUCAUCUAUGUCAUCAUGAACAAGCAAUACCGCAAGGCCUACAAGACGGUGGUGCUCUGCCAGCCGACGCGUCUGCUCCUCCCCUUUGGCAAGACGAAUGGCGCCAGCAGUGCGGCAGAGAAAUGGAAAGAUACCGGAUUGAGCAACAACCACAGCCGCACCGUUGUCUCCCAGAUGUCCGGCGGCGCUGCAGCGGCAGCGGCAACGACAACGCCAACCCCAACCCCAACGGCAACGGCAACACCAACGGCCUCCCAGAGCUGCACGGCACCGGCAGAGAUGAACAAGUCCUCACAGUUGCAGUCCCUGGAGCUGAUAGCGCGAAGCCCCGAGCUGUUAAGCAAAACGAAUCUGGCGCCGUCGACGCCGGCGCCGCCACCGCCAUCAGUAACGCUGGCAGUGAACGGGAACAGCCGCUUGCAGCCCAAGAAGAGCAAUCACUCCUACAUCAACAACGGAUUCAACAGCAGCGGGAACAGCAGCGGGAGCAGCCUAAGCAGCGCAGUCUAUCGCCCCGUAGCUGGCAUACUGGGCAGCAGCGGCUCGGCGGGCACACGUCGCAUCACCAUGGUGGGCGACGACAUCAUACUGGAGGAGGAGGAGCUGCCCACAACACCCAAUCCCUCACCCAGCUCCAGUCCGAUCACAGUCUUGCCACCAGACCUGCCACUCCCCCCACCCGUACCAGCUCCAGCAACAGCACCCGCACCAGCAGCAACAACAACAACAUCGAAGUCACACAUCUACAUGAACGUAGACAGCCCGAAGAGAAUCCCGUCUUAUAGCGUCCACAGUCCGAGCGAGUCGAUUAAGGAGCUCGCGAAAAAGUUUGAAAAUCCAAAAGACUAACGAAAAUGCUUUAAUUCCAAAUAUCGUAUAUCGAUAACGAUAUCAAUAAGACAAAUGCACACACUCCGUAAAACGUAUGCGUAUGCGUAACGUAACGUAUACGUAUGUUAACGUAACUAAUUUUAGGCAAACAAGCAAACAAAAUAUUUUGCUUGUUCCGUUGCUUUCCUUUUUGUUUUAGUAUUAAUCACAGCUCUAUGUAUUUUUAACUAACUGCACAGCGACCACUGCUAUACUCGGCUAUAUCUAUAUAUAGUUUCUAAAAGUGAAGCAUAAUCCAGAUCUGGAUCGAUCGAUUUAGAGAUAGAGUAUAGCAGCUGUUCAAGGUGCCUAAGGCUCGAAUGCUUUCGACCAAAUUGCUGCUUAUUAUUAUUUUUUUUUUUUUUAUAAACUUAUAUAUAUACUCACCUGCUACAAUGCCAUAUUAGAUUAGCACAGUAAUGCUCUAUCAUGAAUCUUGGCUACAUUAUUUGCCAUUAAACAUUCCAUUAAUUUAUGUUUGUACAUUCCAUGUACCUAAAUUUAUACAUAUAUAUUUAUAUAUACAAUUGAAUAGUUCUAAGGCUGGCACGCACUAUAUUAUUAUGUUAUCAAACGACAGCAACAAAUAAUUAAUGCACAUUAAGCAAUCGAAUAUAAAAUAUAAAUGCUACUUAUAAACA